GCAUGGAGAUUUGGGUGGUGGCGCUGGUGCCAGCGACUUCUUCGCAGGGACAGAGGCAAAAAUUUGGCACCAGCUCAAGGAGGAGAAGUCUGCGGAAGGAUGUUGGAUGCAGCCGUGCUACAUUUUUCAAGCACCCGAAGUCAUGAAGAAGGUGAUCGGGCCGGAAAUCUUGGCAAAGUUCCAUGAUGGACUUUGCUAUAUGCAUUCGGACUUUGGAGCAGGCCUCUCUGCGAAGACCCUUCAGCAUUUGGGAGUCAGGACGCCAGGUUCCGCCUUGGACGUCCUUCUGACGGUGCUCACUGGCAUGGUGGGCAGCCCCGAGGGCAACGAGGUCUUGUCCGUGGGCUUUGUGCGACAAGUCCUGGCGCUGUGCUACAGCUUGAUGUGGGGCGGCCAUCAGGACGAGGUGCCGGUGAGCGACUCGCUGCGCCUGGAGAAGCUGAAGAAGUUGCGGCUGCUGCCGCUGCAGCGCAGCACGAUCGCGGGACCACCGGGCUUGGUGGACGAUGCCGCGCAGCGUGGGGCGGUGGCGGAGGAGGGGCUGUUCUUGCCCGACAGAAUCCAGCAAAGCUUUCCGCAGGCUUUGCUGGAUUGCUUGGAUCUGAAGAUCGUCUCCCCUGAGCUCUUUGAGGGGAAGGACGGUCAGCUGGUUCGCCGUUUGUUGGACCACUUGGGUCUGCGGCUCUUGUCGCCCGACGCGGUGGUGCUGGAGGGGGUGAUGCCGUUGCUGGAAAAGUUGGGAGAAGCGACGCAUGGAGAACAGGAGGUCCGAACCGUGUCCCUUUGCAUCGCCUACUUGGCCUCCGUUCGCAUGGCGGAGUGUGCUGAGGGCUGGGCGCGGAAGUUCAAACGGCAGACUUUCGAAGAGGCGUUGCAGACCUGGUUGAAGCUUCCGAUCCUCCUGGACGGCCAGCUGCAGCUGCAACCCGUGGCCUCUUCAGUCCCCACACUUCUGUCCAGCACCUUCCACCUGCUGCUGGCCACAGACGCGGAGCAGCGGGGGGAGAGCGACCGCGCGCAGGCGCACAAGGUGCUGGCGGAGGUGGAGACGACCGCAGUGACGGCACCGCAGCUGUUGGAAGCGGCUGAUGAGAUGCAGCUGGCCCCCCGGCAGCUGGCCCAGUUCCUGGCGCAGCACUGCGGUGUGACCAUGGGCGGCUUCCCCGUGCAGCGGCUGCGGCAGAGCCAAACGCUGGGGGAGUUGGGCCGUGAGAAGCCGCAGCUCAAGGAAGUGGCGGAGCAACUGGCGCGGGAUGUGGAUUCCAACAUCUUGGCCCAAACUGUGGACGUCGUCGACUUCGACUCUCGGGCCCUCGCGGCGGCGCUGAACAGCGGAAGUGACGUCCGCAGAUUGCUGGUGGCGUCCUACGUGGUGGAGUUACGUGACCAUCUUGCGGCCAGCCUCACCUUGAAAGCCACAAGCAAGAGCUGUCCAUCAUCCAUCGCGGCUCUCAUGACGAAUUCCAGCUGGGUGCAGGGCAGUGGCAGGAGCUGCAAGCCCUGCCAUGCGCGGUUCCUCUGGGAGGAUGGACAGAUGCCAUCACCGGACUCGAAGCUGACCCCGGAGGUGAAGAGAUUUUUGGAGAAACACCUGGUGUUGGUUGGUGAGGCACCCUGCUGUCAGCUGAGCUUCCGUGAAAUGUUGAAGCAGCUGGGUGCGCAGCAACUUUCUGCCAAGGAUGUUCUUGAACUGCUUCGGGACUGGUCAACGACAAAGUUCGAAAGCACGGAGGGCGAGAUGACCAGCGCCUAUCAGAGCCUGCACUUGCUUCAGCAGCAUCGCAGAUGUCUGGAAGUGGAGGCGGCCUUGAAGGACCAAGAUGAGAAACUGAUCUUUGUGCCGAAUGAGACCAAACUCACCAAGAAGCAACAACUGCAAAGCAACCUGUACCGGGGCGAGUGGCUAUCUCCAUCCGCAUGCUGUGUAAUGGAGGAUCGCCGCGUGAGCAAAAACAUCUUCCUACUCUCGCGGCUUCGAGCGGUCAGGGAAUUGGAGCUGCACUACAGCUCCGCAUUGAAGGAUCCAUUUCUGAAGACCUGCGGCAUCGCGGAGUGGCCCACCGAGAUGCACCGUUUGCACAGCCUGGAGGUGGCGGCUCGGACCAUGGCACAAAACGUGGCGCUCAGGCUAGCAGAGAUUUUGUUGCAGCAGCUCUUCGAGUGGGCCGGGCCAGGACAGGAACGGCGCCAGAACGAGCAGCUGGACCCCCACUACGCGCAGGAACUUCGCCGUGGCUUUGCCAAGUACCACGCCUUGCCCACCAAUCAGGGCUGGAUGGCUUGGCGUUUCGAACAUGAAGGCGAAGAUCCGAUGUCAGUGGAGAUCUUUUUGCCUGAUGUCAGUGGUCGAAACGGUGGCCACAUAGUGUUGGAUCGCUGUCUGAGCCAUUUGUUGCGCCACUUCCAGCAGCUGGGCAUGCGCUCCGCCAGCCACGCGGCCGCGAGUCCGGAACCGAGUCCGGCGCCGAGUCCAGAGCCGAGUCCGGAGGAGGAGAGCCUGGAGGUGGAAGGAGAACAGCAGGAGUCACCUGUGGAAACCAAAUUGCGAGUGGCCAUGGCAUAUUUGCAGUGCUGGCUCCACAAGGUUGACCAAGUCUUGUGCCAUGCUCUAGAUGCACGGGCUGGGCAGCUGUCGAGCAUCCAUAUUUGUGUGGCAGAGAGACUUGCACUGGGAGGUCGAGAGGUCGACGCUCACUUUGCUGAGCUCAUGCUGUACAUGGCGCAGCCUACCGAUGAGACGCGCUUGCGCAUCCUGAGGGCAGCUGUGCAGCAGCUGCUGCUGAAGGCUUUGGCUUUGACGCCACAGCAGGCAGCACUUGCUGAGAAUCUGGGCAUCGAGGUUCUCACUCGCUUGACUGAGAGUCAAAAGCCUGGGCUGGCAGCCCAGCGAGUGCUACAACACUUUGGCUUUGAUGAUUCGGAUCCAGCCCAGCUUCCACUGACCUGGUGGUUUCACCUGCCCCCCUUGGAGCUGGAAGAUCCAGAACCUACGCUGGCACGCGGCUCCGCUGGGGGCCCUAGCGCCAUUGCUCGCCAGCCUGGUCCCAAUGGAUGGAUUGCGAAAGGCGGUUCUGGAGCACCUGCGAUGGGCCAUAGCCACGGCCUAAGCCAUGCUCCCAUGGCACCCCAAGCAGCUGAAGAAGGCGACCCGUGGGCCAACUGGGUGGGUCUGUCCGCGGAGCACGCCCCACUGUUGCGCGAAGCUGUGACAUUGGCACGGAGAGCGGGACGCCCACAUGAGGGAUUGGAGGCCUAUGCCGAUGAGCUUGAAGCUUUCGCCCGCUGCGGUGCCUCUGGUGGCCACAGUGGCCAUGCUUCAGGCAGCGGUGAAGCCCAUGGCCAGGGUGGCCUUGGUGGCAGCGGUGCCCAGUGGGCCGAACGAAGGGCUCGAGAGGUGGAGGACUUUCUUGCAGGCCUGGGCCCGGAUGAUGCCAACAGUGCCGUUUUCCACCAGCUCCGCAUCCAUUCCGCCCAGCUGCGUGCCCUGGCGGCCCCGGGCGCCCUGCCUGAGGCCAACCUGCCACCAGCCGCCGAAGCGGCCGCAGCAGCGGCAAAUGCGACCGCGGAAGCAACCUUCCUGGCAUUUGAGGGCGACUUCCACCUUCAGCAGGGGUACGCCGUGGAUGAGAUGGAGGCAUUGGAGGAGGAUGCUCCCAACGACCGGGCGUUUCCCACCACAGGACGUCUAUCCCCAGAAGAGGAGCGACAGGUGGCCGAGUGGGGCGAGGAAUGGGUCUUCAAGACGUUGGUCCGGAAGUAUCGAGAGCGACCCGAUGUGCGAGUCCAAUGGCUGAAUCAGCAAAAUGAGCAGUUCGACUUCUACGACAUCGCCCUUCAGUUCCCGCACGGUCGACAGGAAUUCUAUGAAGUGAAGACCACCGUGACAACAGACAAGCGCUUGUUGGAGGUGUCAGAGAAGCAAGUGCUUGAGGCGUCCAAAUUGAAAGAUCGUUUCAACAUCGUUCGUGUCUUCGGGGCUGGCAACAUCGGCUGUGCCCGGAUGUUGCUGGUGCCCAAUCCGUCGGAGAAGUGUCGACGAAAGGCUGCCACGGGUAGCUGGGCGAUGCAGUGCAUCAAACAUGAGAAACAUGGGGAUUUAAUGACAUUUAAUGAUAUUGAAUUGAAUAUGUUUUUUUUUUCUCUGGGAUCUCGAAGCGCCAAUUUUUGGGAGAAUGUGAUAGUGCUCAAAGCCCUUAUUGAUCAGCCCAAUCAUCCAUGA